UCCUUUGUGAACAGCCAGGAGUGGACCCUGAGCCGCUCGGUGCCGGAGCUCAAAGUGGGCAUUGUGGGGAACCUGUCUAGUGGGAAGUCGGCCCUGGUGCACCGCUAUCUGACAGGGACGUAUGUCCAGGAAGAGUCCCCUGAAGGGGGUCGGUUUAAGAAGGAGAUUGUGGUGGAUGGCCAGAGUUACCUGUUGCUGAUCCGAGAUGAAGGAGGCCCCCCUGAGCUCCAGUUUGCUGCCUGGGUGGACGCGGUGGUGUUUGUGUUCAGCCUGGAGGAUGAAAUCAGCUUCCAGACCGUGUACAACUACUUCCUGCGGCUGUGCAGCUUCCGCAAUGCCAGCGAAGUGCCCAUGGUGUUGGUGGGCACGCAGGACGCCAUCAGUGCCGCAAACCCCCGGGUCAUCGAUGACAGCAGGGCCCGCAAGCUGUCCACGGACUUGAAGCGCUGCACCUACUACGAGACGUGCUCUACCUACGGGCUCAACGUGGAGCGCGUCUUCCAGGACGGUAACUCGGGCGCGGGGCGGGACGGCACCCCCCCGGAGCGCGGCGCAGGAGGCUCUGCGGCCGGCGGGGGGCCAGCAGCCCUCAGCAGCCCUCUCUGUCCUUAGGCCACGAAUGGCGGCAGCAGCGCCUUCAGCGACUACUCAUCCUCAGUCCCCUCCACCCCCAGCGUCAGCCAGCGGGAGCUGCGCAUCGAGACCGUGGCGGCCUCCUCCACCCCCACACCCGUCCGCAAGCAGUCCAAGCGGCGCUCCAACAUCUUCACGUCUCGAAAGGGUGCCGACUUGGACAGGGAGAAGAAAGCCGCCGACUGCAAGGUGGACAGCAUCGGGAGCGGUCGGGCCAUCCCCAUCAAACAGGGCAUCCUGCUGAAACGGAGUGGCAAGUCCCUGAACAAGGAGUGGAAGAAGAAGUACGUGACACUCUGUGACAACGGACUGCUCACCUACCACCCCAGUCUGCACGAUUACAUGCAGAACAUCCACGGCAAGGAGAUCGACCUGCUGCGGACGACAGUGAAAGUGCCAGGGAAGCGCCUGCCCCGAGCCACGCCUGCCACAGCCCCAGGCACCAGCCCCCGGGCCAACGGGCUGGCCUUGGAGCGGAGUAACACGCAGCUGGGCGGGGGCACAGAGGCGGAGGAGUCCUUCGAGUUUGUGCUGGUGUCCCUCACCGGGCAGACGUGGCACUUCGAGGCCUCGACAGCGGAGGAGCGGGAGCUGUGGGUGCAGAGCGUGCAGGCCCAGAUCCUUGCCAGCCUGCAGGGCUGCCGCAGCGCCAAGGACAAGACUCGCGUGGGGAACCACAACGCGGCCCUGGCCGUGCAGGCCGUUCGCACUGUUCGCGGCAACAGCUUCUGUAUUGACUGCGACGCCCCCAAUCCAGACUGGGCCAGCUUGAACCUGGGUGCCCUGAUGUGCAUUGAGUGCUCAGGGACCCAUCGACACCUGGGGGCUCACCUCUCCCGCGUCCGCUCCCUUGACCUCGAUGACUGGCCACCCGAGCUGCUGGCUGUCAUGACCGCCAUGGGCAAUGCCCUGGCCAACAGUGUCUGGGAGGGGGCCCUGGAUGGCUAUGCGAAGCCUGGGCCCGACGCCUGCCGAGAGGAGAAGGAGCGCUGGAUACGGGCCAAGUACGAACAGAAGCUCUUCCUGGCCCCGCUGCCGAGCUCGGACGUGCCGCUGGGACAGCAGCUGCUCCGGGCCGUGGUGGAGGACGACCUGCGGCUGCUGGUGAUGCUUCUGGCCCACGGGUCCAAGGAGGAGGUGAACGAGACCUACGGCGACGGGGAUGGGCGGACGGCUCUCCAUCUCUCCAGCGCCAUGGCCAACGUCGUCUUCACACAGCUGCUCAUCUGGUAUGGGGUGGACGUGAGGAGCCGGGACGCCCGGGGCCUGACUCCACUGGCCUACGCCCGUCGGGCCGGUAGCCAGGAGUGCGCGGACAUCUUGAUCCAGCAUGGCUGCCCUGGGGAGGGCUGUGGCUUAGCACCUACCCCCAACAGAGAGCCUGCCAAUGGCGCCAACACCUCUGCUGAGCUGCACCGAAGUCCUAGCCUUCUAUAA